AUGUUGUACGCGCUCCAGGAGUGUAGUAACUGCCACAAGAGGGGUCACGAAACGAAGGAUUGUCGGGUUCGGGUGUUUGACAGCAAGUAUGGCAGCCUGGGAAUCGAGGUGUAUGAGAAGGGCAACCAACUAAUUAUUAGCACACCGACGCCGAACGCAAGGAAGGCCCUUCCUUUACGACACAUGUUCAAAUGGUCCCUCCCCAUAAAGGGAACCCGCACCCAAGUCGACGUGGAAAGAUACUCCACAUUCCGGGUACACCAGGACAAGUUCCGAAGCAAGGAUCCGAAUCGAUCGAACAACAGAGCACGAGACCAUAGCACAAAGACUCGGAAUUACCAGGACAAGUUCCGAAGCAAGGAUCCGAAUCGAUCGAACAACAGAGCACGAGACCAUAGCGCGAAGACUCGGAAUUACCAGAGGCAAAACUUUACUAAAGACGGCCGGUGUCGUCAAUCCAGACGGCAUGGUGCUUGCCUUUGA